AAUCCCAUCCUAAUACUUCUCUUUUUCUUCUAAAUUUUACACCUUCUACAAGGUUGUUACAUGAUUCUUUGUGUUGAAUUGACUACUCUCUCCGGAUCAAAAUGAGUGUUCACUUAAAUUUUAUUUUUUUAGUUAAAAAAGAGUAUUCAGUUGCCAAAUAAAAAAAGAGCUCCACUUAGCACCAGACAAAAAUAUAUAAUUUAAUUAAAUUAAUAGGUGUUGAGUUGGUACUCCCAUCACAGCCGUGAAGCCAUGAAAGCUUUAUAAAAGUUGCCCAUCAGAUUCUAAUAUGUGUUUUAAAUUUCCUUCAUUUUUUCAGUUUCUUUUUGCUUAGAGUUUUUUUUUGGAACCAGAAGAGCCAUUGAGAGAGGAGUGAGAGAGCUUUGUAAUGGGGAAUCAGGUGAAAUUUCCAGGUAUAAGUGAGGAAUUGCAGAAGAUAUUAGAUGCAGAUAUGGACAACGUGGAGGCCAGGCGUCGUGCUAGGGAGGCAUUUAAAGAUAUUCAGCUCUCAAUUGAUCAUAUCUUAUUCAAGGUGCCACGUGCUGGAUUGAAGAUGGAGGAGGUAACGCUUAUGCUCGUUUCCUUCUGGAUUGAAGAUGGAGGAGGGCUGGAAAUCUUCUCCAAAAGUUGGCUUCCAGAGACGCAUCCAAAAGCAGUUGUCUACUUUUGUCAUGGUUAUGGAGAUACAUGCACUUUUUUAGCCGAAGGCAUUGCAAGGAAAUUAGCAUCUUUUGGUUAUGGAGUUGUUGCAGUGGAUUACCCCAUUUUUGGGCUUUCAGAAGGUCUUCAUGGUUAUAUACCAAGUUUUGACAAGCUGGUUGACGAUGUCAUUGAGCAUUAAUCAAAAGUUACA